UUUUCCCCAAAAUAUGGCCGCUUGCUGUCUUCCCUUACCUCCAAGCAUUAAACUCCAGAGGCAGCACCAGCCUUCUUCUUCUUCUUCACUAAUUUAUUGCCACCUCUCUCUACAAUCGUCAAACUUCAAGCCCCGUUCUUUGUGUGGCCGCUGCCGUGCCACCAGUCCUGGGCCGCCGUCACCGCCGCCGGAAUCUGGUCCCAAUUCCAAGAAACCUCCAGCUCCGUCUUCAGGUGUUGCUGCAAGUUUCACCAGAUUUCAGGAUACUGUGCAGAUCUUUUUUGCUGUUCUAUUCUGGAUGUCUCUUUUCUUCUGGUCUUCUGCAUGGGGUGGGAAAGAUAACGGCAGAUCAAACAAAGGACCUCGAUUUAGAAAAUAAUUCUAGUGGUGAUUGGUGAGUUGGCAUGCUACCGAACAAUUACUUUAUAUGUGGCUUAGGAGCCAAAUAAGCACUAUCAGUUAAUUUGGUGGAUGCGCUAUGAUACAUGACAAAGUGGUGGAAUUUGAAACUGAAUCGAAUUAGAGAUUUUAGUGAAAGUUGAGCAACUACAUAUUAUUUCACACACGGAGGGUAAUCUUGAAUUAUUACGAUUUAUCCUCAUAAUAUCUAUCUGCACUUAAAAAAAAUGUCAUAUAGGAAUGCACCAUUUCUUUAUUUU